UCGUAUAGGAUAUCAAGUGUAAACUGCAAAAUCUCUGUAAUCUUCUGGUCCAUUGAACUAGCGAAGAAGAUGGAGAUUGGUCUUUCUCCCAAGUUGGCGAAGAAAGUUUAUGAAGGCGUUGGUGGGUCCUACUUCGCCUGGUCCCCCUUUUAGCUUCCCAUGCUUCGCGAAGGUAACAUUGGUGCAGCCAAACUUUCUCUGCACAAAAAUGGGUUCGCCCUUCCUCGAUAUUCUGACUCCUCCAAAGUCGCCUAUGUUCUUCAAGGAAGUGGAGUGGCUGGAAUAGUGCUGCCUGAAUCAGAAGAGAAGGUUGUUGCAAUCAAGAAGGGGGAUGCGCUCGCACUCCCCUUUGGUGUUGUAACAUGGUGGUAUAACAAAGAAGAAACUGAGUUGAUUGUUCUGUUUCUUGGGAACACUUCCAAGGCUCACAAGGCUGGUGAAUUCACUGACUUUUUUCUGACUGGUUCCAAUGGAAUCUUCACGGGAUUUUCCACUGAGUUUGUGGGCAGAGCUUGGGACUUGGAAGAGAGUGAUGUCAAGACCCUUGUUGGAAAACAAUCGGGCAAAGGGGUUGUGCAGUUGGAAGGAAGCAUCACACUACCCGAGCCUAAACCAGAGCACCNUUUUUUUCAAAAUCUAGCUAAAGAAGAUUGCUUAGUGAUUAUUGUACUGAUUAUUUGUGAAUUUGUGUUAUGUUAUUGUACUGACAUAGGAAGUGGAGUGGCUGGAAUAGUGCUGCCUGAAUCAGAAGAGAAGGUUGUUGCAAUCAAGAAGGGGGAUGCGCUCGCACUCCCCUUUGGUGUUGUAACAUGGUGGUAUAACAAAGAAGAAACUGAGUUGAUUGUUCUGUUUCUUGGGAACACUUCCAAGGCUCACAAGGCUGGUGAAUUCACUGACUUUUUUCUGACUGGUUCCAAUGGAAUCUUCACGGGAUUUUCCACUGAGUUUGUGGGCAGAGCUUGGGACUUGGAAGAGAGUGAUGUCAAGACCCUUGUUGGAAAACAAUCGGGCAAAGGGGUUGUGCAGUUGGAAGGAAGCAUCACACUACCCGAGCCUAAACCAGAGCACCGGAUUGGCAUGGCCUUGAACUGUGAAGAGGCUCCAUUGGAUGUUGACAUCAAGGGUGGUGGAAGGGUUGUGGUGUUGAACACCAAGAAUCUUCCCUUGGUUGGUGAUGUUGGACUAGGGGCUGACCUUGUGAGGUUGGAUGGAGGAGCCAUGUGCUCUCCAGGAUUCUCUUGUGAUUCUGCUUUGCAGGUUACUUAUAUUGUCAGGGGUAGUGGCCGGGUUCAGGUUGUUGGAGUUGAUGGUCAUAGGGUUUUGGAGACAACCAUAAAAGCUGGUAGUUUGUUCAUUGUGCCAAGGUUUUUUGUGGUCUCAAAAAUUGCUGAUCCAGAGGGAAUGGAGUGGUUCUCUAUAAUCACCACCCCUAAUCCUAUAUUCACCCACUUGGCUGGAAGUUCUUCUGUGUGGAAGGCUUUAUCACCUUCUGUUCUGCAAGCUGCUUUCAAUGUAGAUUCAGGCGUGGAGCAACUGUUCCGUUCAAAGAGGACUUCCGAUGCUAUUUUCUUCCCUCCACCAAAUUAGAAUAAAAAUUCCACCAAUCCACCGUUAUCGUUUGGUUGUAAAGGUUCCCCCAUCCCGUCUUAACGGAAAAUAAAAGGGGUAACGGAAUCACCGAAUUAGUGGAAUUACUUUACUGUUCGAAAGUGUUUUCUUUAUUCGAAUUAUUUCACCUUA